AUGUGCUUUUUUGUUCACCGUUUGUUUGGCUCGCCAGCAGGCUCGCAUGUUCGACGUCAACGUCGUGAACGGACCACAUUCACUCGGCAUCAGCUGCUCAUGCUGGAAGAAUUGUUCGCGAAAACGCGCUACCCGGACGUGUAUGUGCGAGAAGAGUUGGCCUUGAAGCUUCGUUUGCCAGAAUCUCGUGUUCAAGUGUGGUUCAAAAAUCGUCGGGCUAAGGGACGUAAUCAACAACGACAGCAACGAGAACCGAGUGACACACGGAAUUUUGCUGCGGUUGAAACAAACUACUGUUCCACGAAAUAA